UGAAGAAUGUGUGUUUUUUCUCUUCACUUUCUUACACUGGCCCCACUCAACUCUCACUUUCCUGACUCUCCUUUGAUCAUUCUUUCUUUUCUUCUUUGAUUUUCUUUCUGUAAUUCUUGAAUUUUGCUUAGCAAAAAUGCAUGAAGCAGUGGAAAAUUACAGCAGUGAAGAAGAGCUUUCUGUGCUGCCUCCUCAUACUAAAGUUGUGGUUACUGGGAAUAAUCGAACGAAAUCUGUUCUUGUUGGGCUUCAUGGUGUGGUGAAAAAGCCUCUUGGGCUUGGUGGCUGGCACUGGCUGGUGCUUACCAAUGGUAUAGAUGUAAAGUUGCAGAGGAAUGCUCUUAGCGUGGUUGAACCACCUUCUGGCAACGAGGAGGAUGAUGACCUUGAAUUUGAAAAUGUGCAAUGGAAUGGCUCAGAUUUGGGUGAACUUGCAUCUGAUGAUACACAGAAGUCACAUAGAUCAAAUCAUCGCAUACGUACAUCAACUGGAUCAUCCCACAAGAACGAACAUAAGAAUGUGCACAAGUCUCUCUCAUGUGAUGCGCAGUCUAAAAGACUAACUACAUCUCCAUCAGCACACAAUGACACACAAAAGUCACACAGGUCAAGUCAUCAAGCACAUAAAUCAACUAGAUCAUCCCACAAGAAUGGCUGUAAGAGUGCCAGCAAACCUCUCUCCCGUGAUGUGCAGUCCAAGGUACUAAAAACUACCCCACCGCUGUCCAUGGUUGACCUCAGUAAGCUAGAUAGAGCUGCUUUGUGGAAAUAUUAUCGACACUUCAACCUUAUGGAUGUCAUGCCUAACCCCUCUCAAGAGCAGCUACUUGAUAUAGUUGAGACACAUUUUAUGUCGCAGAAAUUGGAUGAGGUGCAAGUCAUUACUGGGUUUGUCAAGUCUGCUAAAAGGUUGAAGACUCAAACCAUCGGCAGACGAUACUGAUGGGAUCAGCAUAUCAUGCAGUUCGCAGCAUUACACCCAUAUGGUAACUAAAAUUCCUAGUAAACGCAGCUUGGCUCUGUUUCAGUCAGGAAUUUUUCCAGUAACUUGUAUAGCUGCCUUUGAUUUAGUUGUAGUUAUGGAGAUAUAGUCGUAUAUGUAUAUUGGCAAAUAGUCCUCGAAGGAUUUUAUCGAGGAAAAUAACAUAGUCGCAGAUGCAUUUCUUCGAAUGACCUAUAACAGUUUGUGCCCCGGAGAUGUAUAGCCUUCGUAUGCAAAUUAUUUUCAUA